GUCCACUGUCUCCUGGUUUGUGCGGGUCAUCAAUCCUCCACUCUAUGCUUCGAGUUUCUCUUUCCAGGCAAACGUCGAUCAUGUCCGUUUCCUAUCUCUUUAGCUUGUCUGCGUGGUGGACGGGCGAGACCCUGACGGUUUUCUGGUGCGCCGUGAACGGGCAUGGGUUGAUUUGAUCGCUCCCGCUGACGUACCUGCUUAUGAGUUGAUUGAAAUCAUGCCCGCCCUCCGCCCUUCCUCUCCUUCGAUCUAUAUUCCUUCGCUCCUCUCUCUCUCCCUUGUAGGGCUCCUCAGUACACCGAAUCUCCACUGCGAAACCGCUGCACCAACGUCAACAUGGCCGACGCACGUCGACCGUCAGGGACUCCUCGGCGGAGGACCAGCAUCCAAGAUGAUGCUGCCAUGCUGGCUGGAUUGGGGGUGAAGCAGGAAUUACAGCGCAAUUUCUCCUUUCUGUCAAUGCUGGGAUUGGCUUUUGCAAUUCUCAACUCGUGGACCGCCUUGGGGGCCAGCAUGUCGUUGGCUUUGCCCAGUGGAGGUCCUGACUCUGUCAUCUGGGGUCUUAUUGUCGCUGGCAUCUGCAAUCUGUGCCUGGCGGCCUCUCUGGCGGAAUUUCUGUCAGCCUACCCAACGGCAGGAGGCCAGUACCACUGGGUCGCUGUCAUCAGUUGGAAACGUUGGGUGCCGCUCCUCUCGUGGAUUACCGGUUGGAUCAACACGGCAGGCUGGGUCGCCUUGACUGCGACAGCCGGGCUGUUGGGAAGCCAGCUCAUCAUCGGUAUCAUUUCACUCACAACCCCAUCUUACGAGCCGCACCGUUGGCACCAAUUCUUGAUCUACAUUGGAUACAACGUUUUCGCCUUCUUGGUGAACGCCUUCAUCACUCGACUGCUUCCCCUUGUCAACAAGGCGGCCUUGAUCUGGUCCAUCACAGGCUGGGUGGUGAUUUCCAUCACCGUCCUUGCUUGCGCCUCUCCAAAUUAUCAGAGCGGAGAUUUCGUGUACCGGACAUUCAUCAAUGAAACUGGUUGGCCGAACGGACUCGCUUGGUUGUUAGGUCUCUUGCAAGGCGGUCUGGGUUUGACAGGGUUUGAUGCAGUCGCUCAUUGCAUAGAAGAGGUGGGCGAUCCUACUGUGCUGGGUCCCAGGAUCAUGAUUGGCUGUGUCCUGAUUGGCGUCGUAACCGGCUUCAUUUACCUGAGCGUUCUUUUGUUCGUCUCCAACAACGUGCAAGACGUUAUCAGUUCCUCUGCGGGACCAAUGUUGCAGAUCUUUUAUGAUGCGACUUCGAACAAGGCUGGAUCUGUGUGCCUGUUGAUGUUUCCUCUCGUCUGCUUGCUGUUUGCCGCAGUGAGCAUCAUGACAACCAGCAGCCGAAUGGUAUACGCUUUCGCCAGAGAUGGGGGAUUGCCAGCAUCUCGCUUCUUCGCCAGAGUGCAUGGACGACUUCAAGUCCCCCUCAAUGCGCUUUGGCUGACUCUCAUUCUGGUCAUCAUCUUUGGCUGCAUAUUCCUCGGAUCCAGCAGUGCUUUUAACGCCAUUGUGUCCGCUUCGGUCGUGGCUUUGGGAGUUACUUAUGCUAUUCCCCCUGCAAUCAAUAUUCUCCGGGGUCGAAAAAUGCUACCAGCAUCUCGUCCGUUUAUUCUCCCAAACUGGCUUGGCUGGACAUGCAACUUGAUUGGAAUUGCCUACGUGAUACUCACAACCGUUCUUUUCAUGUUCCCACCGGUGUUGCCCGUGACCGGUAGCAACAUGAACUACUGCGUUGCAGCAUUUGCCAUUGUCCUGAUUGUCUCCACGAUUCAGUGGUUCGUCGACGGCAGAAAGAACUAUUCUGGUCCGCAGAUUGAUCUUGACGCUCUGAAGGCCGGGGAAAUCGUGGGUAUGGCCCCGGAAGAGAGCAACCAGGCUAGAGCAAGCGACGACACGUUAUUUGGAGGUCAGGACAAGAAGGUAGUGCCGUAAGCCUGAUUGGUAGCGCGGCUGACCCAAUCCCACGGUUCUCUGUUGGCGAAAUUGCCUUUUCUAGAGCCCGCAGGGUAGUUCGACAGUGAUUCUGAUGUCGCGAAUCAAUCAGGCCAUUCGGGGUUCUCCUGUCUUUGGAACACCGCAAUGAAUUUCUUUCCUCCAUUUCUCGUGACUUUCUUUGACUCCUCCGUUUCUUCGCUCAUGACCUUGACGCA